CUUAUUCUCGGUCGAUUCCAUAUCCUAAUCCAUUCCUUAUCCAUAGAACGGACGGGACGGGACGGGACAGUCCUCGGUCGGAGCUCUGGGCGAGAAAGAAGAAGAAAAGAGCGAUUAGCAAAGGCCAAGAUGACGAUGCUCAUGACGGCGGCGGCGGCCGGUACUUGUGACAGCAGAUGGAACAUGGCAUCCUUAAGCGCUGCUCUCCUUAGUCCCUCUCUGCAUUCUUCUCAUCCUCCUAUUGCCCGCAUGCGAUUCCAAUCCUCUCGCACCUCCCACGCCAUCGCCGUCGCUCGCCGCAGCUCGCCACUGCACUCGUUUGCCGGACUUGCUCCUCUUAACCCUCUCCUUUCCCUUGGCUUUUCUGAACAUGCUAGCAACCAUUGCUUCCCUUCCAUUGAUAAUGGGUCACGAUUCUACGCAAUGAGACAUGGGAAACGAAUUGCGAGGCUCAAUCGGCCUCCGGACCAACGCAAAGCAUUGCUGAGAGGCCUGACUACGCAGUUGUUGAAGCACGGUAGGAUCAAAACCACUAGAGCUCGGGCUAGCGCCAUGAGGAAGUUUGUUGACAAGAUGAUUACGUUAGCCAAGGAUGGGUCGCUUCACAAGAGGAGACAGGCACUGGGUUUCAUUUACGAGAAGCAGAUUGUGCAUGCCUUGUUCGCAGAAGUCCCGGAUAGAUAUGGGGAAAGAAAUGGCGGAUACACUAGAAUUAUCAGAACUCUGCCCAGGCGCGGGGACAAUGCCCCCAUGGCAUACAUUGAACUCGUCUAGGUACUUUUUCUCGGAAUGAAUCCCCAUCCUUGAUAUCGAAUCAAAAUCGCCUGUGUGCACUUGAUGAUUGUUGCUGAAUUUGAAUACUGUGAUACUCUGUGAUGUAAGGAUGGUAUAUUUUGGUUUUUGUCUUUGCCAUCUGUUUUUUGAACCGAGUGUUUGAUGUGAGUCACAGAUGUUCAAGGUCACAAAGUUUCUUGUUCUCUCUGGACUUGUACUUUGGCUAUGAAUUUGGAUGCGCAGUUAAGUGCUGUAGCAAGUUAUACCGUCCAAAUUACUUACCUUUGAAUAAUCAGAUAACUAUGUAAGCCUGCACUAUUAUGCCUAUGGAUGUAUGAAUUACCACUCUGAAACUGCUAUCUGUAUCUCACCGCUGGCCGUCGACAGAGUUCAUCAUGCAUUUUGGUUGUUCUUGAUCUAUGUCCUUCACUCUUCGGAAUGCACUCACAAUAAUUAGCAUGAAUUGUGAUCCACAAGUUAUGGUUCAAUUCUGCUGUGUUACUAAUCAAAUUGGUAUCAGGUCUUUUUCCAUCUUUGCUUUGGCAUGUCAAUACUACUAUGCAUUAGUUGUCUUGGUCUCUCAACACCUACAUGCUAACUAAACAGUACUGUCACCAUAUGCUUUAAAGUUCUCCAUCUUCAAGAUUCGCGACAUCUUUGCUUUUCCACCUUUUAACACCAUGUACCGUUAGGUUUUGGUGGCUCGAUAUUUGCCUUCCGAUUCUUGUUCCUCUGAUGAUAUUCUUUUGGUCUAAUUUUCCUGAUAGGCUGAUUGAAGUUCAGGGUCUUCGUGCAUCCUGGAAACUGGACAGUUCAAAGUUGGUGUAGCUGCUACAAAGACAUAUGGUUCUUUUAGUUUCAGAACUAGAGAGUCGGCUUGAAGCCUUAUAUUUGUAAUUGAUGUUUGUAAUUUUGUGAGUAAGGAAUUGAUCCUUCUUUGUUUCAUAGUUUCUUCGUAGUUCUUAGUCCUCUCCUGCCUCUUUCUCUUCUGUCAGUUCUGUGGUACUGAAUAUUUACUUCAUUUUUUUGUCUGCUGACUACUGCUUCUCAA